AUGGGGUUGGAAAUGCUCGGACUAUUUGGGAUUUUUUGGUUAGGGUUUAGCGUUCACCCGCCAUACGACGAGGAGCUGGAUGAUGAGGCAUUGAAAUCUGGCUUGGUGGCUGCCCUGGCUCCUGGAAUGGCUCCGACGACCCUGCCGAUUCCUGCUUUUGUGCGGCCGAAGCCGAAAGUGGUUCCUGCGCGGUUUCAUGUGCCAGUUGCAGUACCAGCACGAGCACCACCAGCACAGGCGUCAGCAGCAGCAGCACCACCAGCACCACCAGCACCACCAGCACAGGUGCCAGCAGCAGCACCACCAGCAGCGGUGCCACCAGCAGCUCAGCCUUUGUUAUUCAAAAUUCUGACCUUGUUUUAG